AUGAGUUCUCAAGCACAGAACCCAUCCCUGGUGACUACCGCGCUCUUGACCGUUGCGAUUGUCUUCCCCAUUCUGGCUACCCUCGCUGUCGCUCUUCGUGUCUGGUCCACUCUUUCCAAGAACAAGCGCCUCUUCCUGGAUGACUAUAUACUUAUUCUAGCCCUGAUCUUCGCUUGGGGUGUUCCCAUUGAUAUCUAUGUGGCCGCUGGGCGUGGCGGUGUUAAUUACAGCACCAGGUCCCAACUUGAAGCGUCGUCUAUCUUUCUCCAGGCACAGCUCCUUGCUGGAGACCCUAUCUCGGCGGCCUACGAUCCAUUGUCCGUAAAUCCGCUUCGUUACAACUAUACCGCCUUCGGCAUAGCAUUUUCUGGAAUGAGCAUGUGCUUCGAUGUGAUUGUGCUAUGCUUCCCCCUUCCUAUAAUCUAUCGGCUCAUGAUGUCUACUCGGCGAAAGCUGCAAGUAGCGGGCAUUUUCUGGUUGGGUAUUUUUUGCUGCAUCGCCUCCGUCCUCCGCUUUUAUUAUGUCUACAAAGAGGCAUACGAAUCUACUUCUUCAACCGGGGCCAACCGCUACGUAGCUGUGACGCCCAGCGUUACUUGGGCAACCAUUGAGCCCAGCACCAGCGUUAUCGCCGCUUGCCUACCUACUUACGGCCACUUAAUCGGCGCGAGCCGGGGGUUUUCUACCAGCUUUCGAAGUUUUUGGAGCCGUUUGUCCCUGAAAAGUAUCGGCGGCGGUGAUGAAGAUCGCUCCUCCAUUGUUCAUACCUCGAAUCAACGAAGUAGCGGGAACCGCCGGCAGUGGGAGAGACUUGGCAAAAUCGACAAUAAUAAUGAAGACAUAGAAAUGGCAGGCACCACUUUCGAAGAUGAUCAUAUCCCGUUGGCAAAGGAUGCGCAGUCUAUGAAUAUUCACACACGACAGAGCUUUAUGCAGCUGGAAUCAUACGGGGAAAGCUCGGCAGAUGAUCACGUCCCAAACCCUCCCAAGGUUCUCAUCAUUUUUGAGGAACUGGAUCUGCCAUACGAAAGCGCAUACGUUGAACUGGACGAGUUCAAAAAGCCGCCUCUCACCGAUGCAAACCCUAAUGGAAGAAUUCCAGUCAUCAUCGACCCCAACACGAACAUAACGCUCUGGGAAUCUGGUGCAAUUAUUCAGUACCUCAUCGACACCUACGACAAAGACCAAAAACUCACUUACACCACUUUUCCAGAAAAGUACCACUUGAUCCAGUGGUCUUUCUUCCAGGCUUCGGGUCAGGGGCCUUACUUUGGACAAGCUGCGUGGUUCAAUAUCUUCCACGAGAAGACUUAUGGAGAAUCCCCGGAAUCUGCCAAAGUGCGCUAUGGUUCGGAGGUGAAGAGAGUUGCGGGUGUCUUGAAUACCGCUCUUAGCGAUAAAGAGUGGCUAGUCGGAGACAAAUGCACGUAUGCAGACCUGGCAUUUGUAACGUGGAAUCUCCAGAUCCCCUUCUUCAUGGGUAGUCGGACAGGCGAACAUGCCUGGCGACCAGAGGAGUUUCCACAUUUUGAUCGUUGGCAGAAUGCCAUGCUAGCACGGCCGUCUGUGGCGAAAGUGGUCUCUCUGAUGAAUGAAAAAGAGGUGAAGAAGAGCGCGUAG